CGGGUUCGAAGUAUUUGCGAGAGAGGGGAGGAGGAGGGGAUAUGAUCGAGCGACCAGUAACUGCGCGCCGAGUAGAGACUAGACUGAGCCGGGUGGAGCAAUUAGCAAGAGCGUUUUGUGCCGAAGGGGGGCCGAGGCUUAUCAGAUGCUAAUGAGGAGUAUGAUGACGUGGAAGGUUGGAUAAGAAGGAAGAGGGGGGGAAGGUCUAUUUUAUGCCCACGCAGGAGGAGGUCCAGGUAGUCCCCACAUCGCGACGCGCAAGAACGACAGGGUGGUCGGAACGACGGCUCCCAUGCCGCAGCCGGAGAGCAGCCGGGUGUCCGCAGCCGAUCCGCUGGCAUCGGCGCGCUGUGCAGAUUCCUCGCCCUCUCCUCCGCCUUCCUGUUGGUCACCCUCUCCUUCCGCAGCAGCAGCAGCAGCCGGGGUCGCAUCUUCAGAUCCCGAUGUAGGAGGGCGACCUCGAGGAGGAGGAGAAGUAAUAGGAGGCGGAGGAGAAGAUGGAUCUUCGCGAAAUUGCGGUGUUGAUGGGGAGGAGUUCGUCCCCGCCGCCUCCUCCGCCGCCGCCGCCGCUGUCUCCGCCGGCGAUGCUUCCUCGCCUUUCCGCUGCGCGUCCUCCCCUGGCUGCGGCGGAGACAGAAGCCAGUCUCUCGUCCCGAUCCCUCCUCAGCAUCGUUGUCUUCUGCAGACCUCCGCUCCCGACGAAGCACCUGGUCCCGUCCUCGGUGAGGAGAUGGCUUCGCUGGCUGACGUGUCAGAUUCAGGUCAUCCGGCUCUUCCCACCUCCUCCACGCAGACGAGCGCCGCCGGGAACGACGACAGCGCGUCGCUAGAUACUGAUGUGGUGGCGCACAGCGAAUGGCCCACUUGGUGGGAGUUCUACCCGGAGGCACAUGCGCUGGAACCCGUUUGGGCGGAGCUCCUGAACGUGUCGCAAAUGGAAGCAGACGACGGGGAGGAGGAAGAACAAAGAGGAGUAGAAGGAGGAGGAGGAGCCACUGUAAAUAAUGUCUCUCAGCAUCAUUCGUCGAAUACCUCUGUAUUCCAAGAGUCCGAGAAGGCCAUGUCAGGAGUUGACGGGGCGACGGUGACAAGAGACAAGACGGGAGGUGAAAGACAUAGGGUUCCUGGCGGCGGACGGUCCUUAAUUCCUGGGAUGCCAGCAGGGCCUUUAUCACCAGGUGCUGGUGUGGCUAAUGGAAAACAACGGCUGAGAUGGACUCCGGAGCUUCACGAUCGGUUCGUGGAUGCCGUGGAUGAGCUUGGAGGGGCUGAGAAGGCCACACCUAAGGGGGUCCUGAAGGUGAUGAACGUGCAAGGUCUGACCAUCUUCCAUGUGAAGAGCCAUCUGCAGAAAUACCGCAUGGCGAAGUUUAUGCCUGAACAACAAGUGAUGCCGAACGACAAUGAAGACAGCGGUGCUGUUUGCUCAUCGUUUGGUGCUGCAGGGAGUCCCGGGAAAGGAGAUGGGAAGGUUAAAGGGAAGACUGCAACUGAGUUGACGGCACCACAGGACCCAAGCAGAAAAUGUCAAACUCAAGACUUGAAGAAUCACUUGAAUGUUCAGAAGAAACUUCACGAGCAGCUCGAGCUGCAGCGUCAAUUGCAAAUGAAGGUGCAAGCAACAGGCAAACAUCUACACAUGAUCCUCAAGCAGUACAGGAUACUGUGUGCACAGACUGAACGGACUCAGCGAGAGCUUGCACGUUCAUCCAAUGGCGAUGCUCCUCUUCCUAAGGGCAGCUCAGAUGUGCUGAGACCAUCUGGGUCAGCAGAUGGGUCAUCCAGUGGUGGGCAGGGUGGUUCCCUUUCGGCAAUGGGCGGGUCGAUGAUGCCAAUGAACAUUGUCGAGGAGGGAGAUUCCGUGAACGCAGCCAUGUCGUUGCCCGUGUGCUGCAGCCAUUCCCAGCUGUCAUCACAGUUAUCCCCAGUGGACGAACAAGCUGGCGGUCAGUUCGUCCAAGCCAGUCAGAACGACUAUACGUCCUUCAUAAACAGUGCUGAGCCGUCCUAUUCGCAGCAGAAUCAAGCAAUUCCUAUGCUAGAGGAUGACUUGUUCACACAAGAGCAACGCCUGCCGAAGCAGUGUCACUGUCAACAACACGAAAGCCCUCCAUCCGUGUACUAUCCGACAGAGCAGCAGUCGCUGAGGGGACAGAGUCAGCAGCAAUACGAGAACAGCCAGGGCGGUGGGCCUCGUACAAAAGCUAAGUACCACCACCACAAUUGCGGCUAUCAAGUGCCACUGCAGGCACUGUCGGGCAAGAACCAAGCAAUGGGAGUAACACAGCAGCAGCAGCAGCAGCAGCAGCAGCAGCAGGAGCAGCAGCAGCAGCAGCAACAGCAGCAGCAACAGCAGCAGCAGCAACAGCAGCAGCAGGUAACCGAGAACCAUCGUGAGUGUGAGGUGGUAUGCCUGCCAUCUGCUAGAGCUGUCAUUUCGUCUGCACCUGGACGUUGUGAUCAUGUAUGUGUGUCACAGUUAAAACGGUUAAAGCAUGACAAUGUGCAGGGAAUGCCAUCAUCAGUGCCUUCGGGCCAGGGGUUGGGAAGCGGCCUUUCCAGGCGAACAGUGUAUUACCAGCAGCAACUCACCUCUUCGAUGAUGCCGACCCUGGACAACAGCAUUCCGCCUUUGUAUAACGGAGGGGCAUCCCACCAUCAGCAGGAUGGAAGCAACAUGCAGGUACCAGUAGGGGUCGAGGAGCUAGAUGAGGACCCAUCGUUGUUGGCUUAUGCAGGUUCAGGCAGUUUCCUUGGCGCAGCAGAGCAUAGGAUUUGUGCCAUGGAUGCUGCAGCGACUACCAUGGGGGUGGGAAGAGUUGAGAUGACUGGGCCCAUGGGGCUGGUGCCGGAGUGUCAAACGAUUACCAGGGGACUGGAAAACCAUGCUACUGAAGGAUCGGGCGCAGGAAUGGGAAGAGUCUGUGUGACGUGUGCUCCAGGAUGUUCGCUGCAUCACCACCACACUCAACAUGUCUCCGCACCGAUUUCCAGUUGUCAAACAUGUCGCACCUCUCAUAUUCAGCACCCUCCUCUCCAUCAACCGAAAGGGGGGGUGAAGCGAAAGCCGGCUCCUACCAUGGCAGUAAUGAACCCGUCUCAACCAUCGAGCGCGCAGUGCAGUUUUCCAUGCCGUCAGCAUCAGUCGUGUCUGCAACACCAACAGCAGCAGCAGCAGCAGCAGCAGCAACAGCAGCAACAGCAACAGCAGCUUCUGCAGCCGAACUUCGGCACAGGAAGUGCGCUUUCGACAUCUGAGAGGGGAGGAGAGGGAAGAGGGCAGUUUAACCGUCACUCCGUCCCACCAGUCUCUUCAGCACAGCAAAGGAAGCAGCAGCAUAAUCAGCAGAGCCAGCCACAGCAGCAAGCCCAGCUGCGAAAUGAACCAUUGCACGAUCAGCGUCCACAGUCGCGCUCGUCGGCCGGGGCCAACCUGCAGCAGCCACAACAUGUGCAUGCUGCAGGCAGCUAUGGAUUAGGAAGCAGUCCCCAGCUAAUGGCGUCAGGCAUCACCACGUUCUACCGAACGCAUUCAAGGGGGGACGAUGACCGUCCGUGUGCCUCGCCGAAGGAAUCCGCCUGCCAGCAAUUCUCGUCAGGGACACGGAGCCAACGGAUGAUGGCUCAGGGGGAUGAGCAUGGUCAUGUCAACUGCUCUCCUGCAAGUGGCUCAGAGGUAGGUGAGCUACGGGGUGAACUACGGGACUUCUCUGGUAGCAUGGACCUUUCUGAAAGUAUGGCCACCAAGGACAUAAGAGAGGCUGCGAAUGACGGCAUAGGAUUACAGCGCAUGGACUGUACGACGGGAGCAGCUGCAGCUCAGAGCGGGGACUACAGCUCCCCAUGCUUUGGAGAGAAUCGUUGGUCGGUUGGGCGAUGUGCAGAUAGAGCACGGGCCCCAUCGUUGCGGGACUCCAGUGCAAGCAGCAAUGAAAGAAAGUUUGCAGGAAUCGUUCCUGUUGACUGUGGUUGUGGUGCCCCUCGCAGUUUUGGCCGAGAAAACGACUUGCCUGAUCGACCUUCGAGUCAGGCAUUGGUUAAUGCCGAGGUCAGAUACCACAAGGCAAGGCUGGCGUAAAAAUUACCCACGCUUAGGCUAUCGAAGAAGGGAGUAAUCCUGCCUCCCUCUCUGACUUAGCAAGCGCGGUGUUCAUGGAGUGCCCCUCCAUUCUCCUCUACGCCGCCCCCCCAACCCCGCCCCCCCUUCCUCCCCCUCCCCUGCCCCCACGGGGUGGUGGAAGGAGAAACGGCAUAGGCUAUUAGGCAUUGCCCCCUUGAACUGAUGAUACUUAUGCCGUAGACCUCGUGUCCUCAGUUGGCCGUAGGAAAACUCCACAUAAUGUGAAAGUUUCCCGCUGGUAGCAAAAAGGGAGAACAGGGUAAGCAGGGGUAGCAACAGACGUUGUAUAGAAAAUUAGAAAUUAACUAUUUUUAGUAUUUUGAAUUGCAGUAGUAUUUUGGAUAUAUGUGGAAGUAAAAGAAGGGCAGGGUGCAAGCGGCUGGCAGACAGGGCGGUGGGCAUCAGAGUGGGAGAAGACAUAGGAAGCCAGCAAAGGACAGAGGGAGAGAGAGGGGAAGCAAGCGGCUGGCGGACGGGGCAAGGGAGAAGGAGAAAGGACGGCGGGCGUCAGAGUGGGAGACGACAGGGGAUGCCAGCGAAGGACAGAGGGACAAAGAGGGGAAGCAUUUGGGAAAAGGGAAAGGGUAUGGAAGGUAUUGUAUAACUCCAGGGGUGUUUGUGGUGCUCAAGGGGACAAAAGUAAGCGGGGUUUCGGCGAGGCGCUCGUCCAAACACAUUUCAAAAUCGUUUCAGCAGGAUUCUGGAGGCAGGCAGGCAGGCAGGCAAGCAGGCAGGCAAGCAGGCAGGCAGACAGCUGGAUUUUGGAUACCGGAGAAAGUUAAAAGAGGGGCGGGCAAGGAAGGUGGGAAGGGGGAGAGGCGGUUGCCCCUGAGAGAGAGAGAGAGAGAGAGAGAGAGAGAGAGAGAGAGAGAGAGAGAGAGAGAGACGGUAAUCAUUGAUUGUGCCCUGAGUGUCUUGAGUGUCUCAAGUAUCAUCAGCCAUGAGAGUCUGAGUUGUUCUCCCUUCUCGGUAUUGUCAAGUAUAUUGACUAUCUUGAUUCUUGAUGCUCGAGUAUCUUGAGGGUCUUGUCCAUGGCAAGGCGGUCGCAGCAUGCCGAGUAUAGGGAGUCGUCCUUGGCCUUUCAAUUUGUGUAACAUCCUCUCUCCUCUCCUCUAUUCGUCUAUCCUGAGCGCAUCUCCUUCGCCAUGGUGUUUGGACCGCGGACAGCAUGCCUUUGCUGCUCUUCGCGCUUCACGACUUCGACUACUCAGUCUGCGAGUUCUUCGCACCGUCAGAGUGGAGUGAUGCGCACUGCUGAGGAAGAUGCACGCUUGACAGCAGGUAAGGCAAGGGAAGGCACUAUGUUAUAUUGCCUGCCUGUGUGCAUGGCAUAAAGAGACGUAAAGAGGAAGAGCAGCAUGUGCUGCUGCUGCUCUGUUUGCGUCUUUAUCAUUCUUUCUUCUCUAUGCCGCCUUUUAACGAUUCCAAGUCCCUGAGCUCUCGGUACGUUAAAGAGAGGGCUGCAAAGUUGCAAACCUAUGCAUGCAGGCAUGACCGCUCGCGUCCGUUGUCUAGUUUGAACGAAAAAGAAGAGAGGCAAACCUAAAGAACGCUUACAAAA